AUGCAAAAGGCAAUGAAAAGCGCAGAAUAUAUAAAAGCUAAUAAUGAUUGGUUAGAUGCCCAAGCCAACGCUAAAGCAGCCCAACUUAUAGGGUCAAUAAGGACAAAAAUACAAGCGGAUGAAGACAGUUCAAAUGAAGCUUUAAUGAAUGCUGACUUUAAGAACGCCUUCGAAGCUCUUCAUAGUAAGGUGAAACUAGUGAACGACUUCUCAUCUGGAAAGAAACUGAAGUCUGAAGGUUUCGACAAAGAGUUAAAAGAAGUAGCCCAAAAUAUGACGAAAAUAACAGAUGCAGCAACGAGACAGGCAGUUCAAAGUGCCUAUGACGCCGUUAGAGCAACUGUUGUGGAAAGUCAAGAAAAAGAGUUACAACAGACCAAAACAGACCUAGUAAAUGCUUUCUUAAAAACGAAAAGUCAGGUAGGACAUUAUGCUGCAGAUGGAACAUAUGUGCCAGCUGGUGGAACUUAUAUACCACCAAACCCUCCAAGAGAAGCACCUGCACCAGGACUACCUAAAACAUUUACAUCGUCACAUGGACACAGACACAGGCAUGCACCAAAACCAACACAACAACCAACAGUUCAAAAUCCAGCACAACAACAACAACCAAAACCAACAGUUCAAAACCCUGCACAGCAACCAAAACCAGCACAACAACCACCUCCACAACCAGCACAGCAACCAUCUCCACAACCAGAGCAAGGACAUAAAAGAAGUAGAGAACAAGGAAACCAAGAAUUCUUAAAAAUGCUUAAGGAAGAUUAUGGUUACCCAGAUACUCUUGACUUUAGUGACAGAUAUAAAGAAGCUAUUAGAAAGUUCAAGGAAGGAAAUACUGACCCGAACCUAUUUAGCUUUAUGGUUCAGCACCAAAUGGGAUAUAAUUUCAAACCUGGAAAAUACAAGCUCGCUAAGGGAUAUGAUUUAAUAGCAUAUCAUCCAAAUGACAUGAAUGAAUUUACUCCGAGAUAUUUGGUGUCAGAGCUAAAUGAUAAUUCAACUCUCUUCAUGAAACGCGUAAAAAAUAGAGACGGAACGAAAGAAGAAAGGUUUAUGAGUCCGGAUGACUUAGAUAGGGAACUUGUUAAAAACGGUCUCGGAAUAUAUGAAAUGCCAGCAGAUGAG